AAUAUAACAGAGUGGUCCCCGACGUGCUUAGAACUGCUACACAUUCCACUUGGACCGGCUCCAUUGGUAGACGUGCUUUCGGAUGGAGGCGAAAUCUGCAUAGCAACAGCCUGUAGGCUAAUUCGAGUGGAUGCGAGUACUCUCACAACGGUAUCAACAACUUACGUGGCAUGUUCAAGUGCAGGAGGUGGUACACCAUUUUUUGACAAGAUUUCGUGUUUGGCUGCGUCACCCCUUGGAAUUUUCCUCUGCACGGCGAACUCCACUUUGCUGCAGUUGUGGUCCCAUGGAGAUUGUCAGUUACUCUUCGAUGUCGCUUUCGAUCACAGAAGAAGGUAA